ACCGUUGAAAAAAGGGAUACCUUGGGAGCAGAGAGAGAGAGAGAGAGAGAGAGAGAGAGACGGCAUGGCUGAAGAAUCGAGCCGUCCAAUUCGGCUAAUGAAUUUCGUCUCGGAGGAACAGUUGGAUGAAGUUAAGAAGACAAGGGGCGAACGCGUCGAGGAUGGCACUGCCCAAAGAGAUAGACCCCUUUUUGAGAUCCUAAAGGAAAACAAAGACAAGCAGGAUGCAGAAUUUAAUGAACGAUUCAAGCACAGACCACCCAAAGCUUUGGAUGAAGAUGAGACUGAGUUUCUUGAGAAGUUGGAAAUGGAGGGAAUAUGACCAACAAAUAGCAGACGAGGAAGCUCAAGAGCUGCUGCGUUUCCAGGUAAAUUUUU